AUAGGGAUCAUAAAUUUCGUAAGCAAAAAAACUCAUUUGAUGGGCAUGUUGAUAUGAGAUCAGCUCCUAUUACAAUAUCCGGAGGGGAAAUCAUGUUACAAACGGAUGCUGUAGCCGAUCAUGUGUUUGGGAAGAAAAAAGUUAAUUUGACCAAUAAAAGAAAAAGAGGGGAGGAAUCAUUAACUGUGUGGAAGAAGAGAAGUAUACUUUUUACCUUGCCGUAUUGGGAGGACCAUAUGUUGCGUCACAAUCUUGAUGUGAUGCACAUUGAAAAGAAUGUAGUCGAUAAUAUAAUUGGUACAUUAUUGAACUUGGAUGGCAAGACAAAGGAUAAUUUGAAGGCACGUCAAGAUUUAAAGGAUAUGGGUAUAAGAAGUGGACUUCACUUGGAAAAGUUUGGGAAUGAUCAGACACGUAUGCCACAUGCUUGCUACCAUAUGAAUGCUAGUGAAAAAGAUGGUUUUUUGCAAGUUUUGAAAGAUGUAAGAGUGCCAGAUGGAUAUUCUUCGAACAUCUCACGUUGCGUUAAACUUAAAGAACGCAAAAUUAGUGGGUUGAAGAGCCACGAUAAUCACAUCUUAAUGCAACAACUUUUUCCAAUAGCAAUACGCGGAUCUUUGCCCCCUGAAGUGAGUAGGAGUUUAAUUGACUUAUCUUGUUUCUUUAGGGAGAUAUGUUCUAAAGUACUAAAUGUGGAGGAACUUGGGGCUCUAGAGAAGAGAAUUGCAGUGACAUUGUGCGAGUUGGAAAGGAUAUUCCCUCCCUCUUUCUUUACAGUGAUGGUGCAUCUAGUCAUGCAUUUGGCUAGUGAAGCCAAAGUUGCUGGCCCAGUUCAUUAUCGUUGGAUGUAUCCUAUUGAGAGGUACUUAUCAAGACUUAAAUCUUACGUGCAUAAUAAAACCUAUCCAGAAGGUUCCAUUGCAGAAGGGUAUAUAGCAGAGGAAUGUUUGACAUUCUGCUCACGCUAUUUUAAAUCUGUUGAAACUGCAUUCAAUCGGCCUGUAAGGAAUGUUGAGGAAUCCAUGGGUGCGGUGGUAAGCAUUACACUAGAUUCAAAUUCAUGGAUCCAAGCACAUCGUUAUGUGUUAUUCAAUUGUGCAGAAAUAACCCCAUUUCGCGAUAUACACAUAGCGGAGAUCAAGGCUGGUUUGCCUUUUGAUGUGAGUGAUAAUGUUAUUCAAAAGCAGCAUAUAGAGGAAUUCUGCAGUUGGUUUAGGGAAUAUGUGAUGUCAAGGGAUGCCUCUGAGAGAAAGGAACUCUCUGAUAAAGUUAGAUGGUUUUCUCGAUAUCCAGAUAAUGAAGCAAAACGGUUCAAGCGUUAUGUCCUAAAUGGUUUGAAGUUUCGCACCAAAGAUUCUGAGACAGCUAGGAAAACUCAAAAUAGUGGAGUUUGUGUUGUUACUGAAGGUGGUGCUACUUAUUAUGGUGUACUAAUCGAUAUUAUUGAGUUAAACUAUUCUGAUAAGUAUCGAUAUGUAUUAUUCAAAUGUCAAUGGGCUGAUGUUAUUAGUGGGAGAGGAUGCAAAAAAGAUGACUUUGGAUUUCCCCUUGUUAAUUUUUCAAGAUUGAUACACACGGGUGAUCGAUUGAUUGACGAACCUUAUGUAUUAGCAUCUCAAGCUUUGCAAGUAUUUUACGUGGAGGAUGUGAGACAUAAAGAUUGGAUGGUGGUGGUCAAAACAAAACCUAGAGAGGUGUUUGAUGUUGGUAUUGAAGUUGUAGAUGAUGAUGAAGAAGUGGAUACAUAUAUGGAGAAUGUCCCUUAUAAUGUAACUACUGAUGAUGCAUGUGAUGAUGCAAAUGACAAUCAUGCUUGGGCUCGAGUUAAUGAAGAAGGAACCAUUUAUGAUACACCAUUGAUUAGUGAGGAUGAAUUGCUUGAACAAGAUUUUAUUGAUGAUGAAGAGCUUAGUGAUGAUGUUUAUCAGUCUACUGAUGAUGAGUCCAAUGAUGAUGAAUCUAGUGAUGAUGACUUUAGUGACUUUGACUCUUGAAAUGGGAAAACGAAAGACAAAGCUGCGCACUCGUUCCAAGAGUGUAACAUUGGAAAGAGCUUCUUCACAAGAUGUGGAUGAAGUGGGGAAUCAAGAAAUACAUGAAGCUUUUACACAAGAUGUGCAGCCUCCUGUACGUGUUACUCGUGGGCCAAGCAAGUACUUGGAUAUUUGGGAUCUUCCCGAUGAAGAAGAAAUUGAGUUGCCGCUAAAUAGUAUGCAUCAGCCAGUUGAUGAGGGGGCGAGGACUUUCACUGGUUUCUUGGGUACGAUUGCGCGGAAACCUCACAUGUGCCCGAUAAGAUUUCUUAAUUGGAAGAAGGUAGCAGAAGAAUUUAAAGAAGAGUGUUGGCGUCUUGUAGAGCGAAAAUACAGUG